AUGUUUUUCAAGGGUGUAUCAAUUGCAGAGGCUGCAUAUUGUGGUGCUGGGGUCCCUGGGGUUGGUGUAGUUAUAGAAAGAAUAGCUAAUUUUCCUUCUAUUCAAGUGCAGAAAAAACCUGAUUUCUUUGUUGAUGAGUCUGUGUGGGGGUGUUUGGGUGGAAAUUUGUCAAUACAGAUUCAUCCUGUUCUGAUUUUGAUUGGCCUAAUUAUUAUCGGAGGCGAAGCCAUUAUCAGUUAUAAAGCUCUUCCAUUGAAGAAACAAGUGAAGAAACUGAUCCAUCUAGUUCUUCAUUCAAUUGCACUGAUAUUGGGGAUAGUGGGUGUUUAUGCUGCAUUCAAAUAUCAUAAUGAGAGUGGUAUUGCCAAUCUCUACAGUUUACAUUCCUGGCUUGGUAUCGGAAUUAUUGUUCUCUAUGGUGUUCAGUGGAUAUAUGGAUUCAUUGUGUUCUUCUACCCUGGUGGAACAGCUUCAGUAAGAAGAGAAUCACUACCAUGGCAUGUGCUAUUUGGGCUAUUUGUUUACAUCUUGGCUAUUGGCAAUGCUGCUUUGGGGUUUCUUGAGAAGCUGACAUUCCUUGAGAGCUCUGGACUUGCCAAAUAUGGCUCUGAGGCAUUCCUUGUCAACUUCACUGCCAUUGUGACAAUAUUGUUUGGUGCCUUUGUGGUGUUGACAUCUCUUUCUCAGCCUCCAAAUGAAGACAAGUACAGCUAUUUUGCAUUAUAAACUUGUGGUUGCAACUUUAUUGAACCAUGCUCAUGUUUUGUUUAUUACAUGAUUAUGUUAUCAAAAGUUCUAUUCUGAACACCGAAGAUUUUCAUAGGAUGAGAUACAAAUAUGAGACAAAGAAUGAGACUCACAUGUGGAGUCUAGCAUAUGCAAGACCUACAAUUUAUAAGGGUUUUAUGGAUUAAA